CAUUUUAAUCGCCCCCUACCUUGAAUUUCGGUUGCGGACAACUUCCAUUGAUCGGUUUGGAAGGUUUCACACAAGCGCUGAGUGGCUGUAGGCCUACUUUAAGGGACUCGCACAACCCUUCUUCAAUGCUGUCCACCGGACAUGUUCUAUUCGCUUUCCAGCACGCGUUUCGUGCGUCACCAUAAUCUCUGCUCCCGUUCACAAAACAACGAGGUGUAAAACCUGAACAGUGCGUCGUGGUUAUCGCUGAAAUACAUUCUUGACUGGCGUUGUUCGCUUUAAUAUCCUCUAGUGUAAGAUUCAACAAAUCUGCGUCCGUUUCGUAGUCAAGCGCAAGGUCGGGGCUGAGUGCAGUAGCUGGGCAAACAUAUUGGCUGGAAACACUCUCACAACCAAGUCUCUCUGAGCUAAAAUGGAAUUGAGAUAUAUUUCCGGCAUUUAUAUCUCCCUGUAUCACAUAAACGAGCGAAGACAGCCAUAUAGCGACGUAUAUGUAGAGUGUGUAUCUAGCCAUUGUGAAGCGACCAGUACUUUUAAGUCUUGACUGACAACAAUACACUAUUCAAUUGUGCGUGAUCUGACCACGGGCAGUAGAGUGGUAUUUAUCUUUACAAUAUGUCAUUAAAGCGAUGAAUGAUGUUUAUACGUAAGCCAGGGCGUUGCAGGGGUCAUCCAAUGGCCUCUUUAAUAUUUUAAUAAUAUUCAACGAAUUCUACAAUUUAUAGCUUUCGAGUUUUUAGGGAAAAUGACAUGUCGAUUAAUUGGCAAACCCCAAAUGUGUAGUUAUAUUGCAAUGUUCUCUAAGUAUAGGAAUAUUUCUGCUAGGAUUUAAAACAAAACGAAAACAUAAUUUCACGCUGAGAACGCAGGAAAUAGCCAUCUCGAUUUCCCAAAUUUAAAGUUUUCCGGAAAAACCCAUGCCCUUGACCCUGGACAGCCUAUUGGCCUAUUACCCAAAACCAGCAAAUGAUCUUUUGGCCUCGAGACAAAAACUACCAUUCAAUUCCAUGCAUCUAUAGGCCUGUGGUCACUAAAACUAUUCAGGUGAUCUCGUCUUAUUGGCCGUUUUGUUAAAAAAUUAAAGCUUUUCAUUGGCUAAGAGCGAGUUUUUAUAAAAAAGUUGGCGGUGAUAGUACGAAGAAUGCAACAUAAAGUAUUUCAUAUAUACUGUAGCUGGCCCAAAUAUCGCUGGCACCAAAAUAAAACAACGUGAAAAGUCACAAAUUUUACAGAAAGUUUAUAUAAAAGGAUUAAAAACUUCAAAAAAUCACCUUUUCUCUCACUUUUUUCCGCUAAAAUGGCAUGUAACCGGUUUGCUUACGUCCUGAACGGUUCGUUACGAAAAAUGGUGCCAAUAUUUGGAGUAAUUUUCGACUUGGAUGGCACCCUGACCGUUCCAGUUUUAAACUUUGCUGUACUGAGAGAAAGGCUGAAACGUUUCAAUGUUUCGCACACAGACGAUAUACUAGCUAGCGUAGAGAAGCGAGAAAGUGCAGCAGAAAAGCAAGAAAUGUUACGUAUUUUAGAGGAAUUUGAAGCUGAAGGACGAGAAAAGUUUGCAUUGCAACCAGGAGUUGAUGAGAUGUUGGAGAUAUUUCAUGAAAAUCGAAUAAAGUUGGCCAUUGUAACCAGGAACGACCACAAAGCCGUCGAGCUGUUUUUAAAACACUUAAAACCUCGUUUUCAGGAUGGCAAGAUCUUUUCUCAUGUGAGUAUUGUUCUUUUAGAGGGUUUUUCCUAUAUAUUGAUUAAAGUAUAUACUAAAACUCUCUGUACCAGUGGUCCAGUGUAGGUAGUACCAAUGUGAAAAUGCUGUGCUGAAUGGUUAUAUAUAUUACUACCUUAAAAAACAAGCAGAAACUCGAUGUUUUGAGCGAAUUGGGUGGUAAUGGAUGUAAACAUGUUGGCCGAUUAUGCAGCCUAUUAAUAAUGACAAUUGUAGUUAACCAUAAUUAAAUAAAAACAAUUUUCUUAUAAUUAAAACAAACAAUAUUGUUUAGAUCUUGACGAGGGAUUUCAAGCCAAUAAAGCCAGACCCUGCUCCAGUGUUGCAUAUUUGUAACCAAUGGAAGAUAGAAUGUUGCAAUACCGUUGUCGUUGGUGACCACAGACAAGACAUGGAGUGCGGCAAGGCAGCUGGUACAGGUAUUGAAACAGAUUAAGAUUUGUUAAGAUUUUAACAAAUUCUGUUCUAGACAUGCAUUUUCAUUGAGAGUGUGGUGAACCUACAGUGAUCAAAAUGAGAAAAAUGUCUAUUGUAGGAAUAAGAAAAUGAUAAUUCCCAUUAUAGACUAAUUUUAAAACUAGGCAACAAGAUGCAAAUAAAUCACCACAGCUAGAAAGAGCAUACUAAAAUGAGUAACAUUGCAAAGUUUGGUUGCGAAAUGUUGUAAAAUGCGGAAAAUCUAGCCUUGCAAGUUUUGUAUACUUUUGUAUUGCGUGCAGAAAUUGCUACCAUGUUUGACCCAAAUGUGGUAGCAAUUUUCACAUGCAAUACAAAAGUAUGCAAAAUUUGCAAGGCUAUCUUUUCUGCAUUUUACAACAUUUUGCAACCUCGAGCUGUGGUGAUUUAUUUGCAUCUCCUUGCCUAGUUUUAAAAUUAGUCUAUACCAUUUUUGACUAAUUUUAAAACUAGACUAAUUUUAAAACUUCUAAAGUUGAACACCAUCUGCUGGCCUGCAAAACCAAUAUAUAUGAAAUUUCAAACUAUUAUAUUUUUAUUUCAAAACAGUGACAGUUCUUCUAAACAACCCAGCCAACACAAAAUUCAAAGAAAAUGCUGAUCAUAAUGUCGACACUUUGAUGGAACUUGUUAACGACUUACAAUCAGAAAGAAUUGUUAAGACAAGUUAAGGUACAGUAUAAAUAGUGUUAAUUAAAGAAUGACUGAGUGCACAAAAAAAUAGAUAUAAAUAUUAUAUAAAUAGUAACUUUAUAUAAAUGUUAACUUUCCAUAAAUUUUAGUUAUUAUAUAGCUAUUGACAAUAUGAAAUUUUAGUUUUACACUAUAUUAGGAAUGAAAUAGCCAAAUUAUGUUAAUUGGAAACCAGACACACACAGACUUGGAGGAGGGUCUUAUGUAUA